GACUGAAUGGGCACCGCCUGCUGCGAAAUCAAGAGGUCAUUCACUCUGAUCCGAGCGUCUUCACACUCAUCUCGCAGGGACUGGAAAGCGUUCAGGCUCUGGGUCGUUCUGUCACAGAAGAUGCGGUGAUCGAGAGUGCACUUCAGUAUGGAAGCUCAAGGCUCUGCAGCUAACGGGCGACGACGGCAUGAGUAUCUGGUCGGCAUAGCCCUGCUCAUGCUCGUCGUCCUUCUCUGGACAGCGAGCAACUUCUUGACGAAUACCAUCUUGACCGGCUCGUACAACAAACCCUUUGCCGUCACAUACCUCAACACCUCCUCGUUUGCCAUUUAUCUGAUACCAUUCACGUGCCUUCAUCGGGCCCGGAGGCGCAGCGCGAGCAGCAACUUGCCCAAAGACGAGACAGAAUCGUCGUUCUGGACUCGCAUUGGAUUUUACAUUCCUCAGAGCGACUCUUCCGCACCAGAAGAUCACAGAGGCCGGUACGCUCCUUUGUCAAGCGUGCACUCAGACUCUAGCGAGAGGCGCUCGGCCAAACCUCCCUCUCCAACCAGGCGCCGCAGCCAUCUGAGCGCACCACGUCCAAGCAGCAUCGAUGGGCGUAGACCUCGAUCGCUGCUUGAGUCUCGACAUGGUACCGAUGUAUAUCGUCAACUUCCCGCAGACGCUCCUCUCUCGCUCCGAGAGACUGCAAUCUUGGCCUUUCAAUUCACAAUCGUCUGGUUCGGCGCCAAUUGGUCACUCAAUGCUGGGCUCGGCCUGACAAGCGUAGCCAGCGGUACAACGCUCAGCUCAGCAAGCGGCUUCUUCACGCUGGCUCUUGGCAGCCUUCUUGGGGUCGAGACCUUCACGCUGCCCAAGUUGGCAGCAGUGCUCAUAUCUUUCGUCGGCGUCGCCAUGGUCACGCGGGCCGACAGCGCGUCGCUGCUUGCCGACGACGCCAUCUCCAAUCCCAUUAACGCACUUUUGGGCGACGCGCUCUCCCUUCUCUCAGCUCUGCUGUACGCCGUCUACGUCACUCUGCUCAAAGUCCGGAUAGGCUCAGAAGAAAGAGUAAGCAUGCCCCUGUUCUUUGGCUUCGUCGGAAUCUUCAACAUUCUCGGCAUGUGGCCCGUCGGCGUUCUCUUACAUCUGAUCGGCGUCGAAAGAAUCGAGCCUCCUGGCGAAGUGUCGACCUGGGCAGGCAUCGGCGUCAACAUGGCCAUUACUUUCGUCUCUGAUUUCGCGUACCUUCUGGCCAUGCUAAAGUCAUCGCCACUGGUCGCUACGAUCGGUUUGUCGCUUACCAUCCCGUUGGCACUCGUCGGUGACAUAGCUCGCGGAACCCACUCCGGAGGCUGGUUAGGUGAUAUUGGGAGCGUCUGUGUGCUUCUCAGCUUUGUGGCCAUUGGAUUGGCAGACCAUGCACUCAUUUCAAGAGAGGCUCCUGCAUCACAUCUUCCCGUCACCGGUCGGCAUCUAGCAUCGGAGUAGACGGGCUAGACCGUCCAUUUGUUGUGACACAGCUAGGAUUCGCGAAAUGAUCCUUGCGGUUGCAUGCUACUCUCGAGCAAUACACCUCAUGCGCUUCUACGUCGCGGCUUGAUGCCCGGUGUAACGCGCUCGUUCAGGCUCCGUCUUUCCCGCCAAGACGUUGCCCACCACUGAGCUCUGAGAAGUGCCCUGGAACUUCCAUGUAAUCAUCUUCUGCAUCUGUUGCCUCUUCUUCAGCGGGCUGUGCGGACCCUCUUUCUGGACUCUGCCUUUGCACAGUCGAUACAGACGGAGACUGGGUCGGCCCGGCUUCGCGCUGUGCUAGCUCGCUCUUUGCCUUUGCUUCCCUUGCAAUGCGCUCUCUCUCAACGCGCCGUCGUACACGC